AUGUAUACUCUAAUUUCCGCUAAACUCCAACUCAAAAACACUAUUUUGUCCAAAAUGCUACAAAGUAUAACAACAAACCGAUCCCUUUUUUACACCCUUUCCUCACUCAUCCAGCCCGCCCAAAUCCUGGGCCUGUGCCCCAUCACCUAUACAAAACAUAACAAUUUUUUUACCAUCACGUGGUCUUGGAAGGUUUACAUAGUGAACUGUGCUACUGCCUUGACUUUGGUUUGUUGGGGUUUUUGGGGCUUUGUCCACGACAUGGAAAUCGCUUCUUUCGUGUCGUUGGGAUUUACGGGGAGUGUCGAUAUAGUGAUUUCCUCGUUUGAUAUCAGUGAGGUGCUUUUGAGUUGUUUUUAUUUCAUCGUUUCGAUGCCUUUCAAGUGCGCAAAAAUAUCGAUUGUUUUGAAUAAUUUUAACAAAGUGGAUGCUAUUAUUACACCGGUGUCGUGUGAACAAAUUAAUUCGAAUUUGGUUUGGUUUUCGAGAUGCUGGAUGGUGUUUUUACCACUACUUUACACUCUUGAUGUUUUUAUGUGGGGUAACACUUCCUGGCAAGGUGUUAAUAAUUAUUUCGCUUAUUAUGUUUCUUAUUCGAUUGUUGUAUUGCACGAAUUGCAGUACUACCAAGUGGUUAAAAUGGCCCAAAUUCGACUUUUAGGUGUAAAUAAAACGAUCAAAGAAAAUAUCAAGAGAGACACAAUUAAGAUCAGACUUGACUUUAUUUCAGAUUUAAUAAAUUGUUACAAUUACACAACUGACGCUAUUGAAACAAUAAAUUCAAGUUUUAACAAAACUGUAACAGCAAUGCUAUUCAGCUGUUAUGUUCAUUUGGUCACUUGUCCUUAUCAACUGUUUGUGAUGAUAACAAGUAACGAGACAAGUAUUUUGAAUUAUGUCUAUUGUUUAUGGGUUCUAUUGCAAAUAUUUCGAUUGGUUUUAAUUGUGGAAGUUUGUCAUAACUGCGAAGAAGAAAUUCAAAAUACUCGAAUUGUAGUCUCGCAGCUGUUAAACUGUCGAUUACAUAAAAAUGUAAAAAAAGAGGCAAAUACGUUUUUGUUUUUAGUAGUGAAGAAAAAAAUCAAGUUUUCAGCUUAUGGUUUACCCAAGAUUGGACGACAUCUUCUGCUUUCUGUCGCGAGUUCGAUUGGUGGAUAUUGGAUGAUUUUAUUGCAGUUUAGCUCACGAACAAACAAAAUGUAAAAUGAUGUAAACAUGACAUGAUUUCGGAGUGUUUCAGAUUAAAUGUUUUGAUAAAACAAAUACUGAAUUCUAAUCCUAUAAUUAACAUACUAAUUUUUUGUUUUGUAUUAAUUUUUUCAAUUUUUUUCUGAGUGAAUUGCUUUGAGAGAGUGUCUUCAUUCUUUACAAACAUUUUUAAAAAAUUUGUGCAAGCCAA